AUGAUGAUCACUCGACGUCCGAUCUUACUUCUUUGCCUAAUUGCCGCUCUCGCCACCUUUGACGCGCUCGCCAGUGCCGAUCUGCCAUUACCAAAGUGUAGCAAGCUGCUAGUACGCAAGGAAUGGCGCAAGUUAAGGCGUAGCGAAAAGGCCGAGUGGGUGGGAGCUGUGAAGUGCCUAGCAAGAAUACGACAUGAACGGCUAGCCUUUGUCGAGGGCCAGACGGUGAUUAAGGGAAAGAAAAGCCUAUACGACGACUUCUCUUACUCUCAUGCAUUGGUAGCGCUCAAAACGCACAGAAAUCCCUACUUUUUGCCUUGGCACAGAUGGUUCACCCACCUAUUUGACACCUCUCUCCGACGCAAUUGCGGUUAUCACGGGCCUACACCAUAUUGGGACUGGUCCCUCGAUCACGCAAAUUUGUUCGGCUCGCCUGUGUUUGAGGACUCGCCGGUCUAUGGGUUGGGUGGAACUGGAGACUGCACAUCGUCGUCCAACGCAGACUGUACUGUCACCACGGGCGCGUUCGCCUCAGUCAACGGUAACUUUGAACUAGCGUGGCCGAUUCCACAUGCUCUGCGGAGGAAUCUGACGCUCAUCACCGGUUGGUACCCCCAUGAGCUCCCUCAGAAUCGCACGCUAGAACCGGAUUUCAUUCGCAAUGCAACAGAGCACACCACGGGCGAUUUCUUUCGGUUCCAGCAUGCCAUGGAGCUGCUUCAUAACCACGUACAUAAUUUUGUGGGAGGGGACUUAGCUGGAGAUUGCCCGAAAGCCGUCGCUGAAGAGGAUUGCCAGGGCAUGGCGGAUGGCUUCACGCCUAACGACCCUCUCUUUUGGCUGCAUCAUGCACAGCUCGACCACUUGUGGAGCGAGUGGCAGCGCCGCGAUCCAUCCAACUUUGUCGCCUUUUCUGGCAUGCCGCUGAGCGGGCACAACAUAAGUGACCCAAGUUACGACGUUCACGCGCACGCAGAUCACCGAAUGUCCUUUGACGUUCUAAGUGUGCCUGUGACACCACGGGAUGUGUUUGAGACGGAAAAAUGGCCGUUGUGUUACCGGUACGCAGAUGUGGCAUGAUAUUGCGGAACGAGAUUCUGUACAACUAGAACUAGUCCUACGGCUCCGGGCAUCGCUCACAACAGCGCCGCGCAGAUUCGCUUUUACCCUCAGUAUGUAUUUUCCCCACGUCCAUUCAUAUAUACCGCCUUUUCGUCGUGAUUAAGGCAGACGUAUAAUGGACUUGGGUUGUCCAAUUAGUCCCGUGAAUCCUCAUGCCUUGUCACACUUGCGUGAUGUACCCAAUGAUAGCCCCUGUACCUCUCUUCACGGACGCACCAGUUGAGUGCAUUCUUAAUCGUUUUCCAUUUAUCUGCACU